UAUCACAGUCUAGUUCUUUGCUUUCCAAAGGAGGCGUCUUUGAAGAAGCGUUUGGCGGCAUCAGAGGCAGCUGUGGCUGAGGUGCGCGGAGAGCAUCUCUUUUGCUCUCCCCACGAGUGUCUCUACCGGCUGACUCUGUAACUACCGCUUGGCGCUUUCUCUGCCCCUUGGGAAUUCUCAGGAGAGAAAGUGCUUCUUGGAUCCCCCUUUUUCUCUCCCCCAUCCUCCGCUCUCUCCUGUCAUCCCACCUUGAACAGAAGAAUGAUUGCAGAAGUCAGAGAGAUUAUUUUUGGCCUGGGAUUCCUGCUUCUUUCUUUGACUCCGGAAACAGAGGCGAUACCCGAUCCGGAUUCCUUCUGUUUGUUCAACGGACAGAGGUACCACCCAGGAGAAAGCUGGCAUCCUUACCUGGAACCCCAGGGGGUGAUGUACUGCAUCAAGUGCACCUGUUUUGAGGAUUCCAACGUCAGCUGCUAUCGAAUCCAGUGCCCCGCUCUCCCGUGCCCAAACCCCAUCGUGGACCCUCAGCAGUGCUGCGGCAGGUGCCCAGAACUUUACAGCCCACCUGGACUCGAGGAGCCAGUCGAUUCCUCCUGCGAAUACAAUGGGGCAACGUACCAAAACGGCGACCUGUUCACGGCCAGCGAACUCUUCCCUUCCAAGCUGCCGAACCAGUGCACGCAAUGCAGCUGCUCGGAAGGCCAGAUCUACUGCGGUUUGGUGACGUGCCCAGAUCUGUUCUGUGCCUCUCCUCAGACUGUUCCAGAUUCAUGCUGUCUGGCCUGCAGAGACAGUUCCUACGACAGUUUGGCAGAAGAGGAACCCCUGCAGCUGAACGGCCACACACGGGAGCAGUGCACAGGGGAGACAAGAAACGAAGCCGCUGAUAUGCCAACCGGUGCUUCACUGGAGUUUGUCCCUAACAGCGGCAAACAGAGAGGGGGUGGCACGACGGUCAAAAUCAUCUUGAAAGAGAGACACAAGAGAGCUUGUGCAUACAACGGGAAGACCUACUCCCACGGGGAAGUGUGGCACCCAACCUUCCGUUACUUUGUGCCCCUGCCUUGCAUUCUGUGCACGUGUCGGGAUGGGAUCCAGGACUGCCAAAAUAUCGUGUGUCCCAGCGAGUAUCCUUGUGAAGAGCCUCGGCACGUAGAAGGGAAAUGCUGCAAAGUAUGCCCAGACGACGAGGCGAUAGCUGCUGCCCCGGUCAACACCAACAAAUGCAGAGUGUCCAUCUACAUGUUCACCGCCUCCGGAUCUGAGAAAGAUAACUUGAGGAAAAUUGCCGUCGAGAGGGAAUCCUCAGACGAAGUGGAAAUCUAUAUCUGGAAGCUAGUGAAAGGUAUAUUUCAUUUGGUUCAGAUCCAGAAGGUCAACAAACUGGAGUUCAGGCAAGGAGUCCGGAACUUCCGGCUGCUCUCCCAGACGAAUGAAGGUACAUAUAAUGCCUCUGAAAUGAUUAAGACCGGGUCCAGUCACUUAGGGGGUGUCACUGACAUCAGGGGCAGGUCUUUGGUCACCCCGAGCAAGAAUCUUAGCGAGGAGAAACGGGUCCUGGCAGGGGUCAUUUCGUAG